AUGAGGCACAGCCUGACCAAGCUGCUGGCAGCGUCGGGCCGCGAGUCCCCCGCGCAGAGCGACAGCCCGGGGCCGCCGUCGAGCUGCUCGCGGUCCCCGGGCUCGGCCGGAGCGGCCGCGGGGGAGGAGACGGCCGGGCUAAGCUCUCCGGGCCGCCCUCAGCCGCGCGGCGACGGGGACGAGCUGGAGGCCGGGACGGGCGGCGGCGUGUCCGUGCGCGCGGCCGCGUCCUCGCCGUCGCCGUCGCGGGCGGAGAUGGAGGAGAAGGCGCCGGCCCUGGCCCUCAGGGAAGACCCGGAGGACAUGGACUUUCUGUCUGGCCUGGAGCUGGCUGAUCUGCUGGACCCCCGCGAGCCGGACUGGCACCUGGAGCCCGGGCUCAGCUCUCCGGGGCCCCUGUCCUCGUCGGGCGGAGGCUCGGAGAGCGGCGGCCAGCCGAAGGGGGACGACGAGGACGACGACGAGGCCGCGGCGGCCGAGAUGCAGCGCUUCUCCGACUUGCUGCAGAGGCUGCUCAACGGCAUGGGCGGCGGCGGCGGCGAGCGCGGCGGCGGCGGCGGCGGCGGCGGCGGGGAAAAGAGGCGGAGAAAGUGCCCCGGAGGAGGAGUUAGCGGCGACCUCGGCAGCCCGGCGGCGACCAAGAGCCCGCGGAAGGCGGCGGCGGCCGCUGCUCGCCUGAACCGGCUGAAGAAGAAGGAGUACGUGAUGGGGCUGGAGAGUCGGGUCCGCGGCCUGGCCGCCGAGAACCAGGAGCUGCGGGCCGAGAACCGGGAGCUGGGUCAGCGCGUGCAGGCACUGCAGGAGGAGAGUCGCUACCUACGGGCCGUCCUGGCCAACGAGACCGGCUUGGCUCGCUUGCUGAGCCGGCUGAGCGGCGUGGGACUGCGGCUCACCACCUCGCUCUUCAGGGACUCGCCCGCCGGCGACCACGACUACGCCCUGCCCGUGGGGAAGCAGCCGCCCGAGCUGCCGGAGGAGGACGAGGCGGCGGGAGGAGUGUGUCUGCAUGUGGACAAGGAUAAGGUGUCGGUGGAGUUCUGCUCGGCGUGCGCUCGGAAGGCGUCGUCUUCUCUUAAAAUGUAGGGUCAAGUAAUCUGCUCUUUAUCCGCGUUUACCCCUUUCUACUCCCUUACAACCAUGUUAAAAAACAAACACAAAACCUUAGUGGGACAUCUUCACUGGACACAUUUCAGAGGAGGAAAAAAAAAGUAAUAUUAAAUCUUUAAGUGUAGCUAACAGCAUGAAUGUGACACUGUAACCAACUCCCAAUGAUAACUUGUGACUAUUAAAUCUCUCUGACAGUUUCUUUUUUAGGUGAUUUCCUUCCUGCCAGGCUCCGUUGUAGGGGUUGCAGAACAGUGGUUCCCGCCUCACAACCUGUGGAUACAGCUGUUGGGGCAGAAGAUACGGGACCAGCUGCUGGCCACAUUUCCUGCUUUAUUUUAAAAGCUUAGCAGUAUCUGCACAAACGAAUCUUUUUCUACAACCUGUUAACUGACUGGACUGAUGGUAACAAAGUAAUUGUGGGAGCCAUGUCGGUCAAAUUUUGGCAUCUGCUGAAAAAAAAAAAAUGCCAUUUUCAAGUUCCCAAAUUACUUCUAUACUGAUUUCACUUUCCAGAAAUGGAGAUAUGAAAUGAUUCUCUGGAAUGCUUGAAAGACUUAAUAGAAAUCCAUGAGACUUAAGUUAAUUUUGGAACAAAUUUAUAUAUUUUUUUUCCUUUCAUGGGAGUGACACUCAGUUUAUUGCAUACCUUUCAAAAAUUGUAACCUUUGGAGAAGAGAAUUAUAAUAUUUCAUCAAGAAAUACUAGAUUUUUACAUAAGAGCACAUUCUGUGGAAUUACAUGUUACAUGUAGUAGGGUCAGAAUUGCACAAACAGGCUAUCAGUGAUCACAGAGCUUCUCACGAGUUUGUUUCCUGGAAUGUAAGAACUAAUUUGGAAUACAGACACCUUGCUUAAGUAGACUAAAAGUUAAUGUAAAGACCUUAACUAUAAGGAAUAGCCUUUUGAAAUAGAUGCAUUGAUUUGUCUGUUUAUCUUUGAAAAAGUUGGUUAUGAUAAAAUGUAUGGGUGGUGUUGCAAUUUAGGCAUUACAUGAUGUAUGGAUCAUGAGGCUUUGGCUUCUUGGACUUUCUCUGAAUACCCGACUGCCUGUUUUUUAUUUUUGAAAUUUUUGAGUUUUCCAUCAUUUUAUAUUAAAAGAUUCCUCUAGUGA